AUGAAGUCUUACUCGGAUGAUACACUGGUCGUGCACCUCAACCUGCCAGGAGCUCAUGAUGCAGAUACAUGGAACUACUCUCUGGCGACCCAGCAGUCUCUGGCCCAUGUCACCAAUCUCGUCAAGCUCACUGAGUUCGACCCUGCCGCAUAUCGUUGUCAAGACUCUUCGAUGCUGAAUAUGCUUAACGACGGCAUCCGGGUGUUCGAUCUUCGGUACGCUUUCGAUGUCACAAACACAACCCUGGUGUUCUGGCACGGACCCGGCCUCGUCUCCGAGACAGCCACGGUGGACGAUGUGCUGUAUGGCUUCUAUCGAUGGCUUGACGAUCACCCCUCAGAGGCUAUCUUCCUCUCCAUUCAAUACGAAGGAGGUACCAUACCCGGCGCAAGCCAGGAUGCUGGCGUUCAGCUACAGCUUUACAACGCUCUAUCUUCGCCCGCAGCGAGACACUACAUCUUGCAGACGACUGGAAGUUUCGGUACGCUUGGUGAAGCCCGGGGCAAGAUCACCUUGCUCAAACGCUUCGAUCUCGACCAGAUUCUUACCGCUUAUGGUGACUCUCUGCCAGGCGUGCAUUUUUCACCAGCCGCCUGGAUAGAUAACUCACCGAACAUCACCCUCGUGUAUAAUACUGCGACCGGCGGUGCCGCAUAUAUCGAAGACUACUAUCAGCCGCUGACACCCUCCGACUCCACCGCCGAAGACAACAUACGGUGGAAGAUAAACGCAACCGAGGCUCAUCUGCAAAUGGCUGCCAACACUCAUCCAAACAGUCUGUUCUGGACCUUCGCCUCAAGCACCAAUCUCGCGAACAAUCCACCAAUCACACCGGCUAUUCAGGCUCUCGGCAAUGGCAGUCUGACACCCACCGGUGGUGUCAAUGAGAGACUCAUCCCGUUCCUGCGGACAAUGAUGGGCAAACGAUUGGGGAUUGUAAUGUUUGACUUUUACAACACCCCAAGCGACCUGAUCCCACUGUUCUUAAGCCUGCUGCCUCCGAACGCCAGCCGGCCUCAGGACUAG